ACUUGGAAUUUUUUUAAGACAUUGUUAUUUUUAUUUAUUUAUUUUAUUUAUUCAUAUUAAUAAUAAAUCAACGUUUAGGCAUAGUAUCUUUCUUAAUAAGGUUGUUUUGAUGAAAAAAACUAUUUGCUAAUUUUAUUCUAUAAGCGUUUAGCAGAAAACUGAAAAAUCAAAACGGAAUUCAUAUAAGAAAAUAAAAAUCAAGUUACUAGGUGUUAAAGAAUUUGGUUGAUCAAUCUUCAAAAUGGAUGGUUUUAAAAGUUUUCUUCGAAAAACUGCACAAGAAUUUUUAGGUGAUGUUGGACAAAUAGCAAUGAAUGCCGCUGGUGAAAUGGUCGGCAAUGUUAUUAAUGAAAUAUUCACGAAAAAACAAACCCGUGGACCGAGACGAUAUUUACCUAGCCGAAGGAAUAUUGAAAUAGCUGCCGGUUAUGCACAAAAUUAUGAAGAAAUCAAACAACAAUGCUUACAGGCUGGUGCUCUUUUUGAUGAUCCACUAUUUCCGCCUUGUGAUGAAUCAUUAAUGUUUUCUGAACGUCCUAAUAAACAUAUUGAAUGGUUAAGACCACAUGAAAUUACACAAGAUCCACAAUUUUUUGUUGAUGGUUAUUCUAGAUUUGAUAUUGAGCAAGGUGAACUUGGUGAUUGUUGGUUAUUAGCAGCAAUUGCUAAUUUAGCUCAAGAUCCUAAUUUAUUUUUCCAUGUUGUUCCACCAUAUCAAAAUUUUGAAGAAGAAUAUUGUGGUGUAUUUCAAUUUAAAUUCUGGCAAUAUGGUAAAUGGAUAGAAGUUGUAAUUGAUGAUAGAUUACCAACAUACAAUGGUGAAUUACUUUAUAUGCAUUCAGCUGAACGCAACGAAUUUUGGAGUGCUCUACUUGAAAAAGCUUAUGCAAAAUUACAUGGAUCUUAUGAAGCAUUAAAAGGUGGAAUAACUUCUGAGGCAAUGGAAGAUUUUACUGGGGGUUUAACAGAAUGGUUUGAUAUUAAAGACGCUCCACAUAAUUUAUUUGAUAUUUUGUAUAAAGCUCAUGAACGUAAAUCAAUGAUGGGUUGCAGUUUGGAGCCAGAUCCAAAUGUAUUAGAAGCGGAAACUCAAAGUGGAUUAAUUCGAGGUCAUGCUUAUUCAAUAACAAAAGUUGCAUUGUUAGAUAUUGUAACACCACAUAGGGCAGGGAAAAUUCCAAUGCUUCGGUUGCGUAAUCCGUGGGGUAAUGAGGCUGAAUGGAAUGGACCCUGGAGUGAUCAAUCACCAGAAUGGCGUUAUAUACCAGAACAAACUAAAAUGGAAAUUGGUUUAACCUUUGAUAGAGAUGGUGAAUUUUGGAUGGCAUUCUCUGAUUUUAUGAGUCAUUUUGAUCGCGUUGAAAUUUGUAAUUUAUCACCAGAUUCACUGACUGAAGAUCAAGUGAAUGAUGGUAGAAGAGUAUGGCAAAUGUCUGUAUUUGAGGGAGCUUGGAUUGCGGGACAAACAGCCGGCGGUUGUCGUAAUUAUUUGGAAACUUUCCAUAUUAAUCCUCAAUAUGUAGUAACAUUGACUGAUCCAGAUGAUGAAGAUAGCGAAGGAAUGUGUACUAUAAUUGUAGCUUUAAUGCAAAAGAAUAGACGUUCUCAAAUUCAUGUUGGUAUAGAAUGUUUAACCAUUGGAUUUGCAGUAUAUGAACUGAAAAAUGAAGAUUUACAUGUUCGUCCACAACCAAUGAAUUUCUUUAAAUAUAGACAAUCCGUUGGAAAAUCGCCUCAUUUUAUUAAUACCAGGGAAGUAAAUGCUAGAUUUAAAUUACCACCUGGUAAUUAUUUAAUUGUGCCUUCAACAUUUGACCCUGAUGAAGAAGGGGAAUUUUUAAUAAGAGUAUUUACUGAACACGCUUCUACUAUGCAACAAUUUUAAAUUUAUCUAAAAUUACAAUCUCUAUGUACAAGUAAUUGUUUAAGUGUUGACUUCUACAAAACAUAAUUCGAACCAUUUAAAGCAUAAAAGAACAAUUUUUUAAAAUUUCUAAUUGCACGGCUAAUUAAAAAGAUAUGCCUUUUUCA